AUGACUGAAGCUAGCAAGGACAAGAGAUCGCUGGAGGACGAAACUGCGAAAGAAGCGUUUGAAAAGAGCCCAGAAAAGAAGAGUUCGCACAAGAGAAGAAGAAGGAACUAUGACGAGCACGAUGCUGAGGUUACCAAGGACGAGGAGACCAAGAAAACUACCGAGGACAAGGAACUAGUCGACGGAGAGGAGGAAUCUGAUCUAGACGAUGCUAAAUUGGACGCAAUGGUGGAUCAGGAUGAGGCCGAAGAUGAUCUGGCCGAGAUAGAUACCAGCAACAUCAUCACUACCGGCAGGAGAACUCGUGGCAAGGUGAUCGACUACAAGAAGACCGCGGAGGAACUGGACAAAGAGAAUGAGGACGCGGAAGAAGAGGACGCGGAAUUCAAAGAGUGA